CGCCCUCUAAAAUGUCUCUUACAGCUGCGAGUUGAAAAUCUCUCAUAAACCCCUCGGUUCCGAGACAAACAGCCGCAGUCACCACCACCACCAUCGGCGUUGCCACCGCGUCCGGAUGAAACCCUAAAGCUCCUUUUCUUAAGUAAAAAAUUCUGACUGUCUCGUUUUCUUCUUUGCAAUUUCUCAAAAUGAAUAUCCCAAUAACAUCGAAAACCAAUACAACCGCUGGCGUCAACAGCGACGCAAAUCCAACCGCAGGAGAUUGCAGCCACUGCAGGUCCAAAGAAACCUGGCUCCUCCACCACGUCCGCCUUCGAGGUAUCUAUCGCCGCCUAUGCACCUGCUGUGUCCUCCGGCUCCACCCUGCCUCUUUCUGCCCUUUGUGUUUUACAUUCUACGACACUACUCCUCCUCCUCCCUCCAAACGCCUCUCUUGCUCUAACUGCUCCUCCUUUACCCACUCUCAUUGCGCUCCCUCUCAAUCUCCUUCUUUCGCUUUCCUUUGCCCGCCUUGUGCCGACCCUAAUUUCUCCUUCUUCCACCUCGAUAAAACUAAUAAUCGGACGAUUGAUAAGAAAAUGGCAACGGUCCUUCUAUGCGCUGCGAAGAUUGCGGCUUGCUCCAUGGCGAAAGCGGUGGUCGUGGCGAGGGCGGAGGCUGAAAGGAGAGUGAGGGAGGCGGCUGUUUGUAGAAAGAGAGCCAGGGAGGCAUUAGAAAACGUGGCGCUAGUUGCAAAGAGAAAAGAAGUGGAGUCCGUGGAGGUUUCCGGAUCUGGGAAUUUGGGGAAACGAGAAAGAGAUGGCAUUGAUGGCACUGUUAUCAUCGGGUCACCUAAGAAUGUUGAGCGAAUUGCUUCAACGGAAAUUGGCAAGAACAAUGGAAUUGCCAACAAUAACAGUUCUGUACAUCUUCAAAAAGGUCUUGAUAAUGGUAAUAACACUGAGAAGAAGCCGAGUAGUCAGAGUAAUGUUAGUGUUAAACCAGAGGGCGUCAAUUCGCUUCCUCGUAACCCAUGAGGAUUCUUCUUCAUUUGUCCAGCUAAAACCUAGAGGUGUCGGUUGCUAAAUGAUUGGAAUUCAUGGCGUCACAGUUCAGGAUUUUUCUGUAAUACAAGGCAAAGUUUCUGCGUCAAAAGAAGUACAAAUUUUUUAUUUCUCUGUGCAUUGCGUCUUUAUGUAUAAUUGAUCAGGGUACAUGCUCUUGUCUUAUGAUCAAACUUUUCUAGCCAAUUUCAAUCUCUUACUAGCACCCUUUUGUAUGUUUUUAGGUAGUGUGCAUUCAUAUUCAAUAGCAAUAAAAUCUUCUCAUUCUUCCUCAUUUUUCCCCCUAUUCGCCAGUUUCUCUCGUGAGGAUGCUUGUGUUGUGUACUUAUCAUCAUUUGGAGGCUAAUACAUUGUUCUCCAUGUUAUGUUUGUACUACUUGGAUUCUUGAGCAGAUGCAUUUUCUGUUUAUUGGUAAACAAGGUUAGCUGUUAAAUAAACAGGGUUUUGCA